AUGGAGUCCCCCGCUAUCCCGGUCCCGCUGGAUCCGCGGGAGCAGCCCAUCCUCGAACGCUUGCUCCGAACCCGUGACGCCUUGCUUCUCAUAAAACAGGACAAGUCCUCAUAUAUCAAGUCUCGCGAUGUGUUACCACUUUACGAAGAAGUGAUCGAAGGAGUUGAGAAGAUCAAUGCUGCCCGUAAAGGACAAGAGCGACGCAUGGUACACAAUCGCCUGGAUUAUGUCUUGGAUGACUGCUUCCAGUUGAUCUCUCUGCUCUUUUUGACGGUUGGGAAGAACAACGAAGCUCCUGCAGUAUAUUCUUUGGUGACCACAAUCAAGCGCUUACUUGACCACCUCCAAGAGGCCGGCUUUUACAGCUCGAAAGAUUUGAACUCGAUCACCAAAACGCUAGAGUCUACAAGGGAAACUCUUGAGCGAGGACGCAACACAUACUCACCAGCUCUUCUGACACUUCUGGAAAGUCGCCUAGAACAUUGUGAGCAAUUGCUGGUGAAAUUGCAAGAAGGUCUUGCCUUAUUGACUCCGCCCUUGGCGCAAACACACGAGACACUGGUUUCAAUUUUGCGGUCAACAUCCGCUGUUAAUACUCGGUCAAAGUUCUCAGCCUCGGAAGUAAACGGUCUUCGGGAACAAUUAAAGAGGAUUGAAAAGACACAAAAGGAUGGUAACUUCGUGGAUGCCGAGGGAAAUCCGUUUGAAGGACAGGAUGGUCUCAAGUCUUUGAUCCAAAGGUGUUGGCAAUGGACCGAUACUGUGCUUGAGCGCGAGGGAAAAAUUGACGAGCGAUUCCAAGAUCAGUAUGAGCGAUUGUUGGACAUCCGUAACCAGCUAGACCGUUUGUCUGUGACCCAGGCCUGGUCGCUGCGCGAGACCGAUCUGUUCGGUUACCAGCGAAAGCUAGACCGCAUUGAUGAGGCACGAAUCAACGGAAACUUUGUCGAUACCGAGGGUCAGCCAGCGGACUUGCAUGCGCAGCGGACGCUGUUAUACCUCAUUCGCCGCAGUUAUGCAUACAUUUACGCACUUUUGAUCUCAUCAGAGCCUGUUUCAGAGGCUCUUCUGCCAGUCUAUAACCAACUUCAAACUCUCCGCCGGUGCUUGAUUGAAGUUAAGGAAUCUGGGGGCGUCGCAAACUCGCGCGAGCUUUACCCCUACAGCAUGAAGCUCAACUCGAUUGACAACAUGCGAGUCGAUGGGAAAUUCUACGUGGGUCCAGAUAUCCCUGAGGGCCAAGGCAGUGUCAAUAACCUGCUGGCCGAAUGUUACGAUCUGGUCUGGGAACUACGCGCCGCAGUGGUCGAUGAGGAAGAGGAGUCUUAG